AUGGCUACCGACUACAGCAAGAAGACCAACGCCGAAUUAAUCGAGAUCCUCAAGUCGCGCAAUCUCCCCCAUACGGGCAAGAAAGCAGAGAUGGUCGCUCGGCUACAGGAGAACGAUAACAGUGCUGCCCCGUCUGAGGAGAAGCCUGCUGCUGCCGCUGCUACGAAGGGUAGUGGCGAUAACAACACAGACGAUGUCAUUGACUGGGAAGACGAUGAGGUCCCUGCUGGUGAGGCGGCUGCUAAGGCGUCGACUGCGACGGGCGCGGCGGCCAUCGCGGCCGGUGGAAAAGGCGAGGUAGAGAAUCCUGUCAAGGUCCCGAAUCAGAAGUUGGAUGAGGAGGCGAAUCCCGCGACGGCGAAUGAUUUGAAAGUGGAACAACCUGGAGAUGCUGCGCAGCAGCAGUCGAAGGAAGAGGAGGGUGCUGCAGCCGCCGCCGCCGGCGCUACGGAGAAGGAGGGCGAGGAGGAGAAGAAGCCGGCAGUUACUUACUCCGCUGGGUUGCCGAUUACGGAGAUGGAGGAGGAAUUGAAGAAGAGAAAGGCUCGCGCGGAGAAGUUCGGUGUUACGGAGGAGUCCAAGGCUGCGAUUGAGGCGGCGGAGAAGCAGCUUGAGCGGGCGAAGCGGUUCGGUACUGCGGCUCCGGCUCCUGGGGAAGUUGGUGUGAAGAAGUUGGAUGAGGCGUUGCCGGAGAAGGAGGAGAAGUCACGCAAGAGAGGUCGCGGUGAUGAGCAGAGCGGUGGUGGUGGUCGCGGUGGGAAGAAGAGGGAUCUUGGAGGGAGGAACAGAUUCCGCGGCAGAGGAGGACACGGUGGGAACCGUAACCAGGGUCAAGGUCGUCCUCAGAAGCAACAGAAUGGUGGUGGUGCUACUGCUGCUGCUGGGGCCAAGACCACUAAUUGGAGUGAAAAGGACGUCCAGGCCAUGGAAGCUCGGAAGAAGAGGUUCGGAGCUGCUGCGUAG